UAUCUAUUUUAUUUGUCUUCUCGUGUAAAAUGUCAGUUUCACUCAUUUAAUUUCGUCGUACGUGAGAACAUGCGAUUAUACGUAAUAUGAUACAAUUAUUUCAUUGUUUUCUAAAUCAUCUUGAAUAAUAGAAGUAAUAUGACUCCAACAUUGUGAUAGUGCUAAUAUAAGUGUCACGUUUCAAGAAUCGUGAUAUUCGACAUUUGUUGAAUAGAACCGAGUGGAACGAAUCUGAGUAACGUGCGUCUGACGCGAAGUAUUGGCGGAACUUGUCUCUCCUGUUUGGAAAGCAAGUUUAAAACGAAUUUUGGGAACAUGUGUUAAUUGUUGAAACCUGAAUCAUACAGAUCACAUUACGGUGGUGUAUAGAAUCAAGAGAGAGAGAGAGAAAGAGGGAGAGAAUGAAAGAGAAAAAAAGCAAACCAUAUUUCGAUCAUGGAGGUUAUUGAUAUCAAUUAAUGAAAUCGAGUGUACUAUUAAUUAAAUUUGAAUAAAAGUUUAUUGUUUAAUAAAUUUACAUAGUGAAAAAAUACGAUUGGAAACGCCAUCGUAAUACCAUGGAAAAGUUUAUGAUUGACUUGGACAAAGUUCUCAAUGACUUUGAGUUCAACGAAGAUUGUGCAGAGCAAAUAGCGUCAGUUUCAACUUCUACUAUAGAAGCGUCAAUCAUGGAAAAACAUAGUGAAUCUGUGCCUCCAAAAAUAUACAACUUUAAUCCUGAGAAAGGCGAAGUAGUAUCAUCUGUCGAAAAAUACAGAGAUAUUCGACCGAUGGAUGUCGAUACUAAAUAUUCGUUAGCUGAAAAAAAUAUAGUAUUUAUAUCGGACAGCAAAGAGUCUAUAAAUAAUUUCUAUGUGCACGAUCGUAUCAAUAAUAUUGCGACUGGACGGAAAUCAUGUGUUCAUUCUUAUGAUUCCGAUCAAGUAUCCUCAGUAACGUGCAGUGACAUAUCACAAAAUCACUCGGUGCAGAAACAGCAGAAUGCGAGUAGCGAUUCGAAAGACGGCGAUAGAUACGAUAAAAAGUUAAAUCAAUCGAAUUUGAAGCCUAGUAUCAGUAAUGUGUUUAAUAGUUUAAACGAAUAUAUUAAUGCUCCCACUGGAAGCUUAAACUACGUCGAACCUAUGAUAGAUGAAGCGAAUGAUUUGUCCAUAAAGUCCACACAUGACAUGAUAGAGAAAGAUUUAAAAUCGAACAGGGAUACGGCAAUUAAUGAACAUUUAAUCUCAAUUAGUAAGAACACUUUGGAUCACAAAAGUAUAGUACCAGUGGAACUGAAUGCAUUUGUCAAAGUUGAAACUAGUAAUAAACAAGAUAAUAUAAUGCAGAAUACUAUGUUUCAUCAUUCUACACCGAUACAGUCUGAAGAAAAUAAUAGCAAUGCGUUAAUUUCUACAUCAGAUACGUCCAUUUCGAGACACAAUGAUGUUACAAUAGAUACAAAACUGUCUAGUAAUAAGGAUGAUAUAGAUAAAAAGGUCAUGGUUAAUGAUGUGCUUAAAGAAAGUUCUGAUAAUACCAUUAGCAAACAGAAGCAGUUGGACAUAGAUAGUCGAGAUUCUAUCAAUAAAUAUACAUUUGUUGAUAAUAAAGAGAAAAUUGCAGAAAGUAUCGCAAAGUUGGAUAAGAAUAUAACGAGCAGUGAAAAUCAUGACAAAACUACAGAGAUAGCUAAAAGCGGCGUCUUCUCUAAUAUACAUAUGACACAGAUAAUUGAUACCGGUGAUGAUUUUUCUGAGGAGGAAUUAAACUUGUAUUUGAUAGCGUUAGAGAAAGAAGCGAAAUCUAAGGAGAAAAGUAUACUUUCGGAUAAUACUUGGUUGCCACAAUCCUACGAUGACCUGCGAAGUGAUAAAGAAAAGAGUGCGAGUCUUUGUCAACGAGAUAAAGAGGAUGUUAACGAAGCACCUAUAUUCGAAAAAAUUAUGAUAGGCGAAAUUCCGAAAAUAUCGCAAGAGGAAUUUCAGGAAAAAACGAAAAAGUUUCCUGUAAUUGUUUACAAUACGGAUAUGUGUACUAAAAAUAUAAUUGAUGCAAAAUGUAAUAACGUGGUAAAAGCUGAUUUAAGUGAAAAAAGUAAGCAACUGAGAGAUAUGCAACAUAAUAAAUUAGAUAAAAUGAUAAAAGACAAUCAUGUGAUUGAAGUAAUUGAUCAAGAUGUUGCAAUGCAGCAGAAUACUUUACAAGCUGUAUCUAAUAUUGCUGUUCAAGAGAAAUCCACGUCAAAACUUGAAAACAUUGGAGAACAGUUGUGUAGUAACCAUGUAGUGCAGAAAUACAGCAAUUCUAGUACAGACACUUUACAGGAUAAUAACAGCAGUAUUUUAUUACAUUUAUCAGAAAACAAAGAAGAUUGCGAUAAGAAAGUAUACUCCAAAGAUAUUACUGAGAAUAACAAAAAUGUUUUUGUAGUGCAUACUGAGACUGAUAUGCAUGACAACGAGAAAAUCUCCAAAAUGGAAACUGUAUCGAAAAUUGAUACUUCCAUGGUCUCUUAUGCAAAGGAAAAUGAUCAGGAAGCCGAAAAACCGACGCGUCCUCAAACGUUGGAUAUUGUAUUGACGCAUGAUAAAAAUGAUUCCCAUACGUUUGAAUCUGCGAACGCUAUAUCAGGAGAACUGGAACACUCAGAAAUUGUUGAUGAAGAUCGCGGUGCCUCGUCGGAUGUCUCUGACAAUUCCUUAGUCGAAUGUAAUACAUUGGGAAAACAGCCGCCGUUUUGGGUCCCGGAUAGUGAUGCACCUAGUUGUAUGCUGUGUGAUGUUAAAUUUACCGUACUUAAAAGACGUCAUCAUUGUCGUGCCUGUGGAAAAGUACUGUGUAAUAAAUGUUGCAAUAUGAAAUACAGAUUAGAAUAUCAAGGAAAUAUCGAUUCCCGCGUUUGCGUUUCGUGUUACCAUCUACUUACGAAAGCAGAGAGCGAACAAGGAAUAGGUGAUUGGUCAGCUGGCUAUAACUCAUAUACCGAUUGUAGCGACGUUAAUUCUGUACAGGGGAGACAGCCUAAUCCAAAUAAUCCCAUGGAGUACUGUUCAACUAUACCACCUUUGCAACAAUUAGCCGGCGGUUUGCCGCCACCGCCAACGGUGAUGGUGCCUGUGGGCGUUCUUAAGAGAGAGGGUUCAAAACAUCGCGCAGAAGGACAGAAAUCCGUAAUGUUCAGUGACGGAAUAAGGCCUGGCUGUGACCUGACAGAGCUGGACACGUGUUGGGAUCCAAAGCCACCAUACCGCAAGCAGGGAAAUAAACGGAUUUUUGCAUCAGGAUCCACGUUAGACAAUACGAGAAGGCAAAAUCAUCCUCCACUAGAUAAUACAACCAACAGUUACAUACCACACGAGCCUAAUUUACUACCUCCAACUGUCACGAUACACAAAGGCCAAAUUACAUACCACCCACCUAUGGAUGAAAAUGUGCUUUACAAAAUGCUCAAAAACGAAUGCGAACCGUCGGUAAUGUUUGCAAUCAAUCGGAAUCUUUAUGCAUAUGUGAAAAUAACCAAUUUAAAUUGCUGCGUAAAUAAAAUCUGCUGGAAUGUGACAUCAAGAGGUCUCGCUUGUAUUGGCCAGGAUGAAGUUAUUUUAUUAAUUGAGGUUUUGCCAGAUGAAAUACGGAUACCGAAAGAUCUUCUCAUGUAUAUCAAUCAAUUAUAUCUCGAAGCUAUUAAAGGUAAUACAAUGACGGAACUCGGCUUUUCAGUAUAUCAAGGUACUAACUUGUUGGGUUCCCGUGAGCAUGCGGGUUUUCUUUUUAUUCGCCAGACAUUGCAAUGCUUACAAAAGAUAAUUCUGCCACCUGCACCUUUCUUGAUCGGACUCUUGGUUCAUAGGUGGGAAACUCCAUGGGCCAAAGUAUUCCCAUUAAGACUUCUUUUACGUCUUGGGGCGGAAUAUCGUUAUUAUCCUUGCCCAUUGGUGUCCGUUCGCUUUCGAAAUGCAUUAUAUUUUGAGAUUGGGCACACUGUCAUGAAAGUGUUAGCGGAUUUCAGAAAUUUCGGCUACACUUUGCCAGGAGUGAGAGGUUUAACGAUUCAUCUUAAAAAUCGUACAACGGACGUUAUGUUCCCCAGGAAUCGAUAUGACCAAGUUAUAAAAGGACUUCAUAACUCAAAUGAUCAUGUCUUAGCUUUUGCCUCGAACUUUAGUAUAAUUGCGGAUUCACAUUUAGUUUGCAUACAAACAAAUACCGGUGAUGAAAGCAAUUAUCAAACGCAAGCGAUAAACAUUCACAACAAGCCGAGAACAGUAACCGGCGCCAGUUUUAUUGUCAUCAAUGGUGCUUUAAAAUCCUCAAUGGGACUUUCUGCCAAAUCCAGUAUUGUCGAAGAUGGAUUAAUGGUAGAGAUAAUGCCGGAAAAAAUGGAAGCUUUGAAAGCUGCUCUCAAAAAUAUGCUGGAUUUUUCAAUUGGUUGCGGACGUCAGGGGGCAUUGGAACCGGACGAGACUGUAAACAUAAAAUGGGUUGAUAACGACACUCUAUUCAACUUGGGAGUUAAAAGUCCUAUUGAUGGACAAUUAAUGGAUGGUGUACCGUCUAUAAGAGUACACAAUGGCAUUGAUUAUAAAGGUGCAACCCGAAUCAUACGAUGGACAGAAGUAUUUAUUAUAAAAUCAGAUGAUCAUUCGAAUGGUGUGAACGACCCCGUGGAUAUAAACAAGCUGUCUGGCAGCAUAGCGAAAGCAACAUGUGCAGCACUAGUUAAGUUGUUGGAUCUUCUAGCGACGGCAGGUUUAACAAAGCUUGGUGUGCGAACAACGAUUCAUCCGGAUAAUGUGGGCUAUGAAGCUGGAAGUGAGGGUACAAAAUUACCACCAAUAUACAUGAAGAGUUUAGACAAUGAAUUGAUUCAAGUUUUACAUAAAGCUGUGCAAAGCAGUCAGGAUGCGUAUACAGUGCUUGAACUGAUAUUUUAUGUGCUUGAAGAUUAAACAAGAUUAAGUAACAUAUAUUCCAUGUGUUUUAAUUAGCUAUAUCUUCAAGAUAAUAUUAAAUAACUUUCAUUCGACUGGGAAAACGUGCAAUUGCAUCGAAUAUUGUCAUGGCAGUGAUUAUAUGAUCUGAAUGCUACUUUUUAUUGUUUUAUAAUUCAGAACAUUAUUUCCAAUUUGUUUAUUUAAGAUUGUGAAUAAAAUAUUUUUAAUUUUAUCGCAAAA